AUGCCAGCCAAACGAGUCCUUGUCUCGUACGGUGUCGACAUCGACGCCGUCGCCGGAUGGAUCGGCUCCUACGGCGGUGAAGAUUCUGUCUCUGACAUCUCUCGCGGUAUCUUCGCUGCCGAAGUCGGUGUCCCUCGAAUGCUCAAGAUGUUCGCUCGCAAGAACAUCCGCGCAACCUGGUUCAUCCCCGGCCACACGCUGGAAUCCUUCCCCACCGAAUGUCGUGCCAUCGUCGAUGCAGGUCACGAGAUCGGCCUUCACGGUUACACCCACGAAAACCCCAACGCCAUGUCCAUCGAACAGCAAAGGGAUAUCCUCGCAAAGACCUACAAACUUCUCACCGAGUUCGCCGGCAAACCCCCCACGGGAAGUGUCGCUCCGUGGUGGGAAACGAGCGAAGAAAUGGCGGAGUUGCUGCUGGAGUAUGGCAUCGAGUACGAUCACUCGAUGCACCAUCAUGAUAGUCAGUGCUAUUGGUUGACGACGGGGGACAAGUGGACAAAGAUCGACUACAACGCCAAGGCAGAGACGUGGAUGAAGCCUUUAGAGAGAGGAAAGACGAUCGGGCUCGUGGAGGUGCCUGCGAACUGGCACGUAGACGAUAUACCCCCGAUGCUCUUCAUGAAGUCUUCGAGCAACUCCCAUGGCUAUGUCAACCCCAGGGACAUCGAAGAGAUGUGGAAAGACAUGUUCGAAUGGCUGUACGAGAACGAAGAGGAUUUCGUGUUUCCUGUGAGUACGACCUGCUCGUCCGUCAUCCAAUCUUCUGGAAACUGUAUUGCUGAUGCCGUCAAUGACCUUCGUGCCCUCUCCGCGACACAGAUCACGGUGCACCCCGACGUCUCUGGCAAACCUCAAGUGUUGGCGAUGCACGAACGAUUCAUCGACUGGGUCAACACGCACGAAGGUGUCCAGUGGGUCACCAUGGACGAGAUGAACAAAGACUUUCGCAGCCGCAACAAGCCUCCUGCACAGACAUGA